AAUAUUCCACUUUUUCUCACUAGUUGGAACGGUCACGUCAAAUAAUUUUUGGGAAACUAUUUUUUAAUUUAAACAUUCAACAAAAUAUUGAGUAAAAUUAUAAUUUUAUCAAAAAGUAAGUAAUUCAAAAAAAAAUCACCGUGAAAUAAGCAAGAUUUUAUCAAAUUUCCUUGUGUUUUCAAAACCAAAAAAUACAAUACAUAUAUACCAACUUUAACUGCGUCGCAAUAAAAAUACUGCGAGAAUAAAAUGGCCGUCUAUAGAAGUUGUGAAAUCAGCAAACGUUUGAGCGACUUAUCAUCAUCGUCAAGCAGCGAAAAUGAAGAUUCAGACUAUGAUGAUGUCCUCAGCAGCUCAGCGAGUCAGUAUUCAACCACUGGCGGUAAGUCCAACUCGAAGCAAUCAACAGUCCAACGUUUGCCCACCCGUCGACCAGAUCCAAACGUUUCCAAUCGCAACGCAUUGUUGGCUCGCGAAAAUCGACGCAAGAAGAAAGAGUACUUGGAAACACUCGAAAAGAAACUCGAUACCAUGAAACUUGCCAACAAAAAACUGCACAAAACUCUUAAGAAACACAUGAAGCUGGUCAAGAAGCUCGAACACGAGAAGCAAUACUACAAGGGCCUGGUGUCCAAUCGCACUGACCUCCUUGAUUUGGUCUCGGUGUUGAAUGGUAAAGUACCACCGAUGGGCGCAUACUCACCCAAACAGUCUUCGUGCUCCCCCACCGACUCAAAUCGAUCGUCGUCCAGCAACUUUGGCGAUCAACCGCUCACCUACGAGCUCCAUCAUGAUAACGACGACAAUGAUUCCGACUACGCGCCAAUGUUCGACGGUGAAACCAACUGGGAUCAAUUGCUAGGCCUGAGCAGUGACCCCUUGCCCGAUGAGGAUGGUGGCUUCUUGCCACUCUCGCACUCACGCAGCAGCGACCUAAUCAACGACGAACACAACUACUACCAGAGUCCACCAGACAGUGGCGUCUGUCUACACUCUGUCGAAGGCACCGUCUCCCUGGAAAACUGUAUUAGCUGCGAGAAACGCUCCUGCCUGCCACUACCAGACCAGCUGUUCGUAUCAGGCUAGGCGGGACCUCUUGAGGAUUCUUUUGUCUAUAUAUUCCUGAGAAGCUGAAUGCGACGAAUCUCGUUCCGCAAUAAAAUAAAAUAAAAAAAAGUUAUUUUCUAGAUCAGAAGAGGUGGGUCCCGCAGAAAGACAAAAACAACAACAAAAAAGGCAUCCUUCAGGUGGGGGCUUUGCAUUUUCGAGAAGAUUUACGAGAAGCGAAAUGCAAAAUGCAGAGCUUCCCUUGGAGCCUGAGUUGCUUGUGUGUCUGUCUUAGAAAUUAAUUUUUUAUUUUCCACUUUUUAUUGAAACAUUUCAGCGCUUUAUCGUGUGAGACUCGCGAACAAGAGAUGCGGAGGCUUUGAGUACGCGAUUUCGAAUUGAAUUCAGCAUCAUCUUUUUUUGUAACAAGAAAAAUGUAUCGUUCCAAAAAGAAACAAAUUGCUGAGAAGAUGUUGUUGCUCUUGUGGCUUGCAGAUGAAAGAGGUACGAAAAUGAGCAUAUUUUAAAGAAAGUAAAGAUCGACCCAGGGUCUGCAAAAAGCAUCAGCAACAUAUCUUCAAAACGCUACCAAAAUUUACGUUAUCAAAGUAAACAUGGCAAUCAAAAUAUUUUUAAUUGUUUUUGACUAAGUUCCAGGUCAGCUAGAUCUCAAAUGAAACACGUUUAUGCAUGCUUGAGAAGCGAUCAAUCAAGCGAUGUGUUAUACUUGUUUGGAUUUUAAAAACAACCAACACUAAAAUCUGUCUGUCUCUCUCUCUCUGGUAGGUAAAUCUAUCCAAACUCCUGCAAUUUUACUUUAAUUAUUUGUUUAUAAUUUGUUUUUUAAUUUCUUUUAUGGUAAAUGAUAUAAAAAUAAACUGGAAAGAAUUUUCUCGAUCUUAAGGUACACACAAAAAUUAUUUAUUUAGUUUGUAAAAUAUAAUACAUGGUUAAUAUGAAGAAUAAAAAAUAUAAAAAUUAAUUUUAAAAAUAUAAA